AAACGUAGUAGUUAAUAGUUAUCUACUCUGUGGGAUAUCGUGAGAAAAGUGACUUUUCAAACACAAGUCAAAAAUCACAAUAGAAAUGUAAAGUAUUUCUUAAAUUCAAUACAUUUUACUAGUAUGCUUAUUAAUUAAUUAUUAUAUUUGACUUAAUUGUAUAUUUCAUAUCAUUUAUAACAAUGGCUAAAAGAAAAGCAGGCGUUAAUGAUAUCGUUUUUGAAUUAGAUAAUGAUGACAUUGAAAUAAGUAGUGACGAUGAUGCUAAAGAACCGAAAAAGGGUCGACUUGGAACUGAAAACGUUAAGAAAUCGUGCGAAAAUAAAAGUACAAGUGACCGUGAAUGUGUUGAAGUUAUUAGUAUUGAUAGUUCUGAAGAAAUUUUUGCAGAAGUAGAACCACAAAGCAAAGUUAAUAAUGGAGGGAAAAUACCUUCCGAAAAAACAUUAAUAAAAACCAACUUUAACGUAAAAAGUGACACAAAUAACAUACAUAUUAAACAAUCAAAAAUAGCUAAUUGUCGAAACCCCAGGAAAGAUUGCUUAAAUACGAUAAUAUUUGACAAUGAUAUAGUUGUUGAUUCACCUGCUUCUAACAGCGAUUUGGGUGUUGUCGGUUGUGAAAAUAGGACACCGUUAAUAUCAGUGCGUUUUAAAGACAAAAAAUUAGCUCAUGUAUAUAAAAAAAAGGUAAAAGGCUUUCUAAUUAACCUUUUAAAAUCAAGGAGUGAUGAAAAAAUUAAUGAUAUACAUGAAUCUGAUAAUGAACUUGAUAUUUGGUCAGAGGACUUGGUAGAUGAGGACUGUAAUAAAGAGGAAAUAUCGAAUCCAAUAGAUGAUGGUUUGUUCUUUGUGGACACAGAACCUUAUGAUGAUAAGCACAUAGAAAUACCCAAAUAUAGUCAGAAUUCAGCAGUCAUAUCAAACAAAGUUGAAGAAGAAAGUCCUCCGGUGUCAUUAAGGAGGCGACAAAUAUGUUUCAAUUGUGAUGGUGAACACCAGCUCAGAGAAUGCCCCUUACCCAGAGAUAACCAGAGAAUAGCUGAGAACAGGAAAGCUUUGCCUGCUAAAGUGGGACGUUACCAUGUGGAAGACGACCAAAAGUAUGGACACUUAGUUCCUGGUAGGAUAUCAUCUACACUGAGGAAUGCAUUGGGACUGAAGAGAUAUGAACUGCCGUUACAUAUCUAUCGCAUGAGGUUAUUGGGUUACCCACCUGGUUGGUUAGAAGAGGCUCGUAUAUCACAUUCUGGGAUCACAAUGUUUGACUCCACUGGUACUGCAAUCUUGGAUCCUGAAGAAGAGGAAGGUGAAGUUUGCGAACCAGGUUCUAAAGACAAAUUUGAUAUAAAGAAGAUACUAGACUUUCCCGGUUUCAAUAUUUCCGCCAGUUCACAGUAUGUGGAGGAAGGACAUCUGUUCGGUCUGCCGCCGAUGUCGGAACAGGACAGUAAGAUGAUGAUGCUGCAAACAUUAGCUCCUAAUGCCGUGAAGGCAUACAAGCGCAAGAAAUUGCUUUUGUUCCCCACAUCUAAUAAUACCUCCUUGCAAGGACAGGCUGAAAUGGAAUUGGACAGUGACGAUGAGGUGGUAUUUCCCUUAAUUCCUCCUUUACCUGAUGAAGAACCUCCAUCAGUAGAGCCUCCACCACCUCCACCACCAUUGCCACCUCCAGAAGACAAAGUUGAAUCUGUUUCACCUAACAAGCCAUCCAAUAACAAAACAUCAAAUAGUGACAGAAGUUCAUCUAUUGCUAAGAAAGAACAUUCAAGCAAUGAAAAGAUAGAUUUAGAGACGUCCAGCGACGUGGAAGUUAUAGAAGUGCUUCAAGUAAAUGAUAUACCGGUGCCAGAAGAUGAUUUGAUCACCAUUGAUGAAGAUUUUGAUUCUACGUCGCCAACAAGCAGCGGUCGACAAAGUCCAACCCUUGAUGAUUUAGAGAAAAAGAAAAGACUACUUUUGAAUGCACUCAAAUCUGAUAUUGUACCAGUCGUCGAAGCAACUAUUGACCUCUCAGAAUCAAUUGAAACGGAGGAAAGUGUAAGUGAAGCUGAUAGCGCUAGUGUUAUAGAAAUCGAAGAAUCGAAGGGAUCAGUAGAAAAGGAACAACUAAAUGAUGCGAAAAAAGAAGUUGAUAGAGAUGACGAAUCUAGAAAACAAAGAUCAUCAGUAGAUGUAACUGAGAGUUUAAUUGAAACUAAUGAGGUUGCAAUUUCUCCAGCACGAAAAACAGACCCAAAUGUUGAAAUAAUUAAACAAAAUGUUGACAAAGACGAAAGUGUUACUAAAGAACAUAAUAUUAACAAUGACAAUACUAUAAACGAGCAACACACUUCAAAAUCUAUAGAAGUUCCCAAAUCGUCUAAAUCUGAUACCGGUGAGACGGAAAUUAUAGAGCAAUGCAACGAAACAAAAGAUAAUGAAGUGACUCCUGUAAAUGACUCAGAUAAGAGUGUAAAGACACCAAACUCAAAGGCAGGUCAAGUCAAAACCACACAAUAUGGUACACCAGUUAUAAAUGUCGCUUCGACAUACAUGAAAUUGCCUAGUGAAGAUAAGUUUUCUAAAGAUAUUUGUGAUGUUAUUAAUUUUGAAAAUCUUCCAAACUCAACUGGUAAGUUCAAGCAAAUCAGUACUUUGCUUAAGAAAGUUAAAUCUGUAGUGGAUAUGAUACAGGAUUCAUGAUUAUAAAAGACCACCUUACUGCGAGGUGGUGCAUUGAGAAUUAAUAAUAAUGUGGAGGACUUUAAUAGAACUAUAAUAAAAAACCUUAUUUCGUUGUAUAUAAAACAAAAACUCUACAAUAAAAUUAUAGUUUAACAUUCAG